CCCAUCAAGUUCUUCCUACAGAAGGACAUCCCCUAUGACGAACGAAUAGCGCUUGAAGCGGCUGUUCGGACGGAAGGUGGAAUUAUUGCAGAGAAAGUACCCAUUCGGGGAUAUGUCAUUGUGUUACCUGGCACGGCAGAAGCUGAACGCCUGCAGACGGAAUGGCGAGAUGAGGCUCGUCCGCACAGGUUUUUCGUGGCUACGUCAUGGGUCCAGGCAUGCAAGGAGACCAGGCGACUAAUUCCACAGGUAUUCACCAGAGAUGGGUAUCCUAUAAAGAUUCACGUCCACAAAUCGAUUUCGAACGUGCCUACGAGAAACGCUCUUUUUGAAAAGAUAUCUCUUCAUGGUGGAGACCCAGAUGUUUCAGCCGACGAGGCCAGCGUCAUUGUGGCAAGUGAGGACAGGGACGUAUUCAAAACGAUGCGCAAAAAUUUCCAAGACAGCGAAGACAAAUUUGUCGAAAACCUGAAGUGGUUGGAUAUCUGCAUUGGACAGCAGAUCUACUACAACACGCCUACUUCGACACGAAACCCUGGUGGAAGACGAACUGGUGAAGAACGCAUGCCGUUUACCGAAGAGGACGAGGCAAACCUCUGUAAUUGGAUUGCCACAGUGAUUCCGUUCAAGGAAUCAGGUGGUCGAACAGGAAAUAAAAUUUAUAUGGAACUCGUUGGGAGAGCUGGUCAGCCGGGCUACGAAUGGGUCGCAAGACAUACAUGGCAGUCCUGGCGCGAGCGAUACAAAAAGAACUCCGAGCGACUUGAUCGACAUAUUGCCGCAAUCGUCAAUGUCGGCCAGGCGAAUGGAACUAUCGUCCAGGACAGAGCUCCAUUCGGGUACUUCAAGCUCACGGAAGGUCGACGAAGCCAGUCUCGGCGUCGCAAGAGACAAGAAAGUGAAGGAGCUAUUGGGGAGGAACUGAGCAGAGAACCUUCACGCGAGAUCCAUUCAACGCAGACGCAGGACGAGGAAUGGGCUAUUCGUGAGGGAAAUAACCCCACCCCCGACUGGGCAAAGCGCAGUUCACAAACGGUUGUCGAUUUCGCCGAGUCGAACUCGAAUGAACAUAAACGUCAGAAAGUUAAUGAUGCUACUUUCCGAACAUUCGUCCUUGCCCCUGCCAACGAGGCCCCCUCAGGACCGUCGUCGUUCUCAACUGCUACGGAAUUCGCUGCAGAUUUCGGCCAUCAUGGACCAGUGGUUGACCCAGCAGAACACGAGAUUUUAGCUAUCGCUCGGGACCAGCGAUUCCUUGCUGACGAAGUACGCGCUUAUUAUCAACGUAGUGGAGAUCUCAUGGUAACUAGGCAGCGUUUUGAAAGAGUUCGCGCUCUUAUUGAUAAUCUACCAUAG